CAAAGUUGCAGUCGCACAGUGGGGGUAUAGCAUGGCGAUCUACAUCAAAAAUAUAUGUGGGCCUAUGGUAAUCAGAUUAUUGAAGAAAGGAAAAAACCCAAUAGCAUAUAGUAGGCCUAGUUUGUUGCAGAGCCAAAUUUCUUUCAGGUGCCAAGUAAGAGGCUUUAGUAAUACGGUGCAGAGAUUAUGCAGGUCGUCAUCAAAUAUACUAACGCUCCAUCAAAGAGGUCUCUUUAAAGACAUAUUUCCAAAUUCAAGUGAUGAAUUGGCAAAGUUGCUGACUAGUUCACCUCAAACUGUUUACUGUGGCUUUGACCCAACAGCUCCUAGUCUACACAUUGGUAACCUCCUAGCCAUUAUCACCCUGAUACAUUGCCAACGAGCUGGUCACAAUAGCAUUGUAUUAAUUGGUGGAGCUACUGCUUUAAUAGGUGAUCCAAGUGGUAAGACAAAAGAACGUGACCCAAUUUCACUCCAAGAAGUUACAGAGAAUGUCCAGAAUAUCGAAAAUAAUUUACAAACAAUAUUUAAAAAUCAUGAGAAGUAUAUUUGGAAGCAAAGUAAACAGCUUCAGCCAAUUAGAAUCCUCAAUAAUUCUGAGUGGUAUGAUGGAAAGAAUGUUGUGGACUUCAUGUCAAAUUUUGGAAGACAUCUGCGUAUGGGAACCAUGCUUGGUAGGAAAAGUGUCAAAUCACGUUUAGAAAGUCCUCAAGGUCUCAGUCUAAGUGAGUUUUCUUACCAAACUUUCCAGGCAUAUGACUUUCUACAUUUACACAAGCAGUAUGGCUGCAGAAUCCAGUUCGGUGGCUCGGACCAGAUGGGCAAUAUUAUGACAGGCUAUGAACUAAUAGACAGACUCAAAGGUCCAAGUGCAUCUGUUUAUGGUAUAACACUGCCAUUGGUCACUACCACUGCAGGGCAUAAGCUGGGCAAGACGGCUGGAAAUGCUGUGUGGCUGAACCCACAAAAAACAUCAGAAUUUGAAUUGUACCAGUAUUUUAUUCAACUGCCUGAUAAAGUUGUGAAAAAGUACCUUGAACUGUUCACAUUUAUAAGCCUGGAAGAGAUCUCAAGUAUUAUGCAAAGGCAUCAUUCACGUCCGGAAAAACGACAAGCACAGAAGAAGCUAGCAGAGCAUGUGUCACGGCUAGUACAUGGAGAGGAAGGUCUCUCAAAGGCUCAGAGGCUAACAGAUGCUCUGUAUGGAAGUUCAGGACUGGAAGCUCUGGAAAAACUCAAUGAAAAUGAGGCAGAAGAACUAUUCCAAGGGGCAUUUAUUUCGAGAGUUAUACUGGAACCAGGAAUGAGCAUCAUGGAUGUUGUAGAGAAAGUCAAGUGCCUUCCCCCAGGAGGUAUCGGUGAAAGGACCAUAAGAGAAGGUGGUCUGUACAUUAACAAUAAUCGAGUAACCAAUCCGAACCAAGUACUACUGAAAGGAGAGCAUAUACUCAAAAACAAUCUAACUUUUAUAAGAGUUGGUAAGAAGAACUAUUACAUUGUCAAAUGGUUUACAUGACAAGAGAUGUUUUGUGAGCGAAGAAAAGUUUUCAAAAACUGAAUUGCAGCAUCAAAAGAUUCAUCCUUGUUUCAAUGUCUGCCCUUGACCUGCAAAUAAGCUCAAAUCAAGCUUGGCAAUAAUAUGCCUAGUGGUUUUAACUGUAUACAGUAACUAUAUUAGGCUUGUUCUUACAGGAUGGAUAGCAAGUUGAGAACCCUUGAUUUAAAAUUUAAAUUAAUGAAGCACUGGUAUCCAUUUAAAACCCCCUCCUUUAGUUAUAAAAUCAAAAAGGAAAUACAUGAAAUCAGAUACGGUACAGUUUAUUAACCAGAAAAAACAGUUAUAAUGAGCCAUACUUGGCUUAGCGUCACUCUCUAUGUGGCCAUGUAUUCACACUACUCUGAAACCAGAGUUUUAUCGUCAUGUUAGGUGUAUACUGCACCUUUGACAUGUGCCUCAGGCUCUGCUGCCAUACACCACUAAAGGCAGCAAUGCUGACCCAAAUAAGGUGUAAGAAUGAGGAAAUUAAAUAAAAUAUGUUUCAAUA